CGGUUCGAAUAUUCUCCACUGCCACUGAGAGAGAGCAAUUUCCUGAUCCAAGAUCUUGACAGAUAGAUUCUCACCGCUUCUAUAGUAAUUACAUGCCAUCUGACCAGUACUGGUUUUUACCAAUUUAGUCACUCACUGGAAUCUAAAUUUAUUCUUAUUAUCAUAAAUCGGUAUUUAUGCAGUGGUUCUUAGGAGCGGCUAGUCACUCUCACGACACUACAGGAACUGAAAACCUUGGUUUGGAGUCUAGCAGCGAAACACCGGGUGAGUCUCGAGUGAAUAAUGAUUUGAAAAAUGUAAAAUUACAAUAUGUGUGAGUCGAGCGAACGACUGCCAUAAACACUGGCUUCCAUGGAUAUCAACCAGCCUCGUUUCCUCUGCUAAAUUAUAUUAAUUCAACAAAAUGGAAAGAGCAAAGAAUUCGCUCCAAACGACAUUGAGAAUACCACAUAUAAUUUCUGCUCUUUUGCUUGUGAUAUUCUCUAUUUUCGCGACCGCCAUUGAUUCAAGCGACACUGUGAAUAAUAUUCAGGUUUCGGAAGGAAUUCAUCCGGCGACAGUACUAUUGACUUUACCACACAAACAAGGAUUCCGAUAUUUACUGCAAGAUUCAUCGAGGAAUGGCGCAAGUUUAUUCCAUGUCAGCUCUGAAGGACUCUUAACGACCAAGGUAGCCUUAGAUCGAGAGGAUCCGAGAGGAUAUAUUUUUGAUCUUGUUAUUGUUUGCCGGGAAAAUAAUCAAACUGGAGGGGGAAAUGCAACAAAUAUUCGGAUAACUGUUCUGGACGAAAAUGACAAUAUUCCGAAAUUCCCCAAAGAUUUAUACACCGCUUCAGUGUCGGAGAAUAGUCCUUCUGGGAGCUACGUGCACGGCCUUGAAGGCGUAUUUGCAGAGGAUCUUGACUCGGGUUUAAAUUCUGUACUUUCGUAUAGUAUUUUGACAGAGGGAAAUGAGGCGGGUUUGUUUGCGGUAGAGAUGAAUGAGCAAGCAGGUGUGAAAUUUCUGAGACUAAAAACUACAGCACAAAUCGACCGAGAAAAGACAGCGUUUUUCGUACUCACUGUAAAGGUGAAGGACAACGGAAAGAAUCCUCUUUCUAGCACAACUCAAGUCAGAAUUAAUAUUCUAGAUCAAAAUGAUUGUUACCCAUUAUUCGACCCUCCAAUUUACUCUCUGAGUAUAAAUGAAAACACUGCGAUUGGCACUUCCGUUCUCCAGGUCAAAGCAACAGACGACGAUGAGGGUAUCAAUUCUGAAGUCUACUAUUAUUUUACCAAAGACCAUGAUUUCUUUGCAAUCAAUGCUCACACUGGUGUCGUCCAAGUUGUCAGUCAAGUAAACUUCGAGAAAGCGGGAAAUUAUUUAGAGCUGACUGUCGUGGCAGCUGACCGAGGUGGAAUCGUGCAGCACAAUUCUUCCACCUUGGUGAAAAUUCGUCUAAAAGAUGUGAAAAGUUAUCCUCCCAGAAAAAUCAUACUGACCCCGAAUAAACCCCCUGUAUUUAAUCCGCGGGGCUACUAUGUAAAAAUACGGGAAGAUCUUCCACUUCAAGCCGUUGUAGCGCACGUUAGAACGCUGGACGUUGCUGAAUACAUCAGAUCCCGUUUCAACUAUGAGUUGUUUCCAAGGCAUCUGCGGGAUACCUUCCGCAUUAACGCUAAAAGCGGUAUUAUAACAUUGUUGAGAUUUCUAGAUUACGAGACGAAGAGUUCUUAUACUUUAAAAAUUAGAGCGACGAGUUUGCAUAAUCAUAGCCUUCUAGGGGAAACUCAAGUUAUAGUUCAGGUAGCUGAUGUAGACGAGAAUUUUCAUCCCCCUGUCUUUCCAUCCAGUUUGAUGGUCAAAACAAUGCCACCAAAUGCGGACAAGAACACCAUAAUCGCGAAAAUAUCGGCUAGUGAUAGCGAUAGAGGGCAAAAUGGGAAGCUCAAGUAUUCCGUAGUAGGUGGAAGUGGAGCUGGGAGAUUUUUUCUAGACGAAAAUAAUGGUGUAUUGAAACCUUUCGCAAGUCAAAACAAGGAAAGUACUAGGUAUGAUUUGCAUAUAGAAGGUCGAGAUAACGCGAAAUUCCCUCGCACGGCCCGACUGUAUGUGAUGAUCAUUCCACACGAAGAAAACACGAAACGACCUCAUUUUCUUACUCCUUCACAAACGGCUAUGGUUCAAGAAAAUACUGCAAUUGGAGCAUUCGUGGCUGUCAUUAGAGCAGAGUUUAGAGGGAAAUUACCGAAUGCAGAAAGCAAGACGUUCAAGUACAAAAUCACUGGAGGGAACUCGGGUGGAGAAUUUGCUAUUGGUGAAGAAACAGGAGUCAUCUACACCACUACGAAGCUGGACCGUGAACAUCAGUCCCAGUACUACUUGGAUAUCCAAGCGAGUAUUAAGGGAGCUCCUGACUCAAUGAGCUCACCAGCCCAGCUUGUCGUUAUGGUGAUUGAUGUCAAUGACAACGACCCUAAGUUUAUAAAGCAAAAUUUCCAGGUCAGAAUUAAAGAAAAUCAAGGGCCAAUAGACAACCUUCUCUGUCUGAUCGCGACAGAUGCCGAUUCGGGGUCUAAUGCAAAUCUUACGUAUUCAAUCGUGCAUGGCAACAGUCAAAACCUAUUCUCUAUUCAUCCAUCGCUGGGAAUCCUGUCUCUUCGAAGUUCUCUGGAUUUCGAGACUAAACGCAAGCAUUUGUUGACAGCUCGGGUGUCGGAUGGAGGGACUCCCAGUAGAAAUUCCACCGUUAGAGUGACUGUCGAUGUAGAAGAUGCUAAUGAUCCGCCGGUUUUUCUUCAAACCACUUAUGAAGUCAGCGUAGAAGAAGAUGCGCAACCCGGAAACACACUGACAGUCAUUAACGUGACCGAUGAAGACAGAGGUGCGGCAGGGCAGUUUAAAUGCACGAUAGACGACGUGGAUGCUGAUGAGAUGGACACGUUUAACUUUCGUACCGUGCGCCAGGGAUGUGCAUUGACGUUAUCAAGCUUCCUGGAAUACUCGCAAAGAUCACAUUACUCGUUUAAGGUUCGCGCUACCGACCAAGCUGACUCUCCACACAAACGCACCACGACAGCCAACGUCGUCGUCCGCGUGCAUGACGGCAACAACCACUAUCCCACAUUCCCUAAGUCAUCUUACUCGAUCCCGCUUCCCGAAGACACAGCUAUCGGGACCAUGGUUAUGCAAAUAACUACCACAGACUUGGACUCAGGAUCUAAUGCUGCGACGACAUACCAAUCUUCUAGUGAUAUCUUCUCAAUUCAUCCUAGUGAUGGCACAAUCAAGCUCGCUCAGCGUGCUGAACGAAACAGAAAAUACAGCUUUGCAGUCACGGCCUAUGACAACGGCAAACCUCGGAAAUCUUCGGUGGUCAAAGUUUCUGUUUCCGUUCACAGCGUCUCUGAUUCUCCUCCGAAGUUUCGUCAACUUGUUUACCAAAAAAAUGUGUCGGAGGACUUGAAUGUCGUGGCAGAUGUCCUGAAAGUCGAGGCAAAGAAUAACGCGGGGUCUGGAAUGAAGCUGAGUUACUACCUAGUGGGUGGGGAUAGGAGAAAUCAAUUCAGGAUUGACACUGACACUGGGUGGUUGAGUCUUAGACAGUCACUGGAUUAUGAAAGACAGAAGAAGUACAAGUUGAUAGUACGAGCCGUGCAGCAAGGAUGGUCUGCUAGCAUGCCUGAAUUACCAGCUGAGACCACAGUUAUCAUCAAUGUGAUGGACGUCAAUGAUAAUACUCCUCGUUUUGCAAUCCCCCAAGAUCCUCUGGUCAUCUUCGUCGAUCAGUUUCUCCCGGUGAACACAACAGUCAAGAAACUAACCGCCUAUGACCGUGAUUCUGACAGCAAUGCGAUUGUCAAGUACGCUAUUGAAAAUGCCGCUUCGUCGCCCUUCAUCAUCGACCCCAAAACUGGGGUAAUCACCACGACUAAGAUACUUAAGUACGCUGAACAAGCAUCGUACUCAUUCGUAGUCACGGCAACCGAUUCGACAUCACCAUUCAACAAGGGAAGAGCGAAUGUCGUCGUAAAUGUCAAAGACGUCAGACCACCGGUUGAAUUCCCAAAAACGUCCUACGCUAUGGCGAUCUCUGAGGAAACCCCCGUCGGAAUGUUUUUGUUAAAGGUCACGCAAAAGUAUAGCGGUCACGACAACCUUAAAUAUUCCAUCACCCAUGGCAACCACCUUGAUGCUUUUUGUAUAGACGUUACUGGCGAGGUUCGUCUACGGAAGAAAUUGGACCGCGAGAGUACUGCUAGCUAUAAACUAAAGAUUGCGGUGAAGGAAAACAAAGCCAAAAUAGUUGGACCUACGUUGAAGUUUACAAUAGAAGAUGUAAACGACAACCCUCCAACUUUUGACAAACCUGUAUAUAAGAUAGUUGUAAAGGAAAAUUUAGACGGAGGUCUCGUGAUUGGAACUUUAUCAGCACGUGACCCGGACAGCGGAGAAAACGCGAGGCUCAUUUAUUCUAUCGUUAAUUACGAAAACAACAACUCCGAUCGACGAUUCGCUAUUGAUUUAAAUACGGGUGUUUUACGAACAACUACGACGCUGGACCGAGAAGAUAUCGAUCAACAUGUUCUAACGGUUAAAGCCGAAGAUGCUGGUAAACCUAAGCUAUCUGUAUUAACGCGAGUUGUCGUAGUUGUACAGGAUGUUAACGACCACUCGCCGAGGUUUUCGUCUCAGUCGUACAGCCUGAACAUCCCAAUGAAUCAUCGAGUGCGCAUGCCUGUGUUUAAAGCUGUUGCUUACGAUUAUGAUAGAGACGGGAAUGGUGCAGUCACAUACAGCAUCGAUUCAGGAAAUGCUGGACGAUACUUCAGUGUUAGACCUAAUGAUGGAAUGAUAUUCCUGGAUAAGCCACUGUCAGAAUUAGAGAAUGUCAACAUGAAGAUUCAAGCACGUGACUCUGGUUUUCCCGCCAAAUACUCUAGCGCAGAUGUCAACUUCGUGGUUCACCCCUUGCGUGGUCCUCCACGGUUUCUCUCAUCUCCUUUCAUCGGUAGCGUAAAAGAAAACGUUCCUGGAGGAAGGUCUAUCCUUCAAGUCCAAGCAGCAAGCUUCGACCCAGUAAUGUACUCAGUCAUGUCCGGAAACGAGGACGACAAGUUCGACCUACAUCCGGGAACUGGCUGGCUGACAACAGUUACGUCACUAGACCACGAAGAGCGCUCUAAGUAUACUCUUGUUGUCAUGGCGACAGACCUGACUAACCGGAUGAGCAGGGUUAAGGUUAUUAUCAAUGUGAUCAAUGUCAACGACAAUGGACCUAAAUUUUUGAACAUGGAUAAAAAUGAUAUAAUCGAAGGAAGCGCAUUAAUGGAUUUGUCGAUCGGAAGUCCUGUAAUGUCGAUGGAAGCAACAGACGCGGAUAAAAUGGACGCGUUGAGGUACGGUACUAGUGAUCCAAUAGCUGCGCGCUAUUUUGAAAUAACAUCUAAGGGUGGACUAAAGACUAAAAAGGUUUUGACAGAUCUGGAGACACCCGUUGUUUUCAAGGUUAGUGUACGAGAUGGUGGAGAACCCGUACAUACGGCGUUUGCGGUAGCGAGACUGGUGCUGUUGAAGUACCAACUAAACCAAGGAGAGCACAGAGCAACUGUUCUCGAGAGCGCUUCAAUUGGCUCACAAGUUACCAUACUAAGUCCCUCUUAUCCUAUCAAGAAUGCGCAAUAUUCUAUCCAGUCACCACUUGAAACGUUCUUUCAAAUCGACCUAACGUCAGGCACUGUGACAGUUAAGAAAUCUCUCGAUUUCGAGACGAGAAAAGUUCAUCGCUUUAUCGCGCAGGUGCAGAACUCCGAGAACAGGAAAGACUAUACCAAUAUUGAUGUCAGUGUAAGGGUAUUGGAUGCUAACGAUAACAAACCAGAGUUCACUAUGAAAAAAACAAGAGGGCUGUACUAUGCCCGUAUAAACCUGAACGCAGGCCCUGACACACUCGUGUACCAGCUUAGCGCCAAGGACAAGGAUACUGGAUCCAAUGGAGAGGUCAGAUAUCGUAUGAUCAAAGAUCGAGACAUUUUCUUCCAAGUCGAUCCUAUGACGGGAAUCAUCAAAACUAAGGGCCGAAACCUGUUGAUGCUACCGUGGUAUAAUUUGACUGUCGCCGCGUAUGAUUUGGGUCAACCUUCACUCGCUAGUUACGCGACUGUUAAUGUACAAGUGGGUGGGUUUCCACCGAUGUUCGACAAGAAGGAAUAUGUGUUUAACGUGAAUGAGAAUACGAAGCGAGGGAUGGCUGUUGGUUCAGUGAUGGCAAGAAGCUUUACUGGUGUGAAGGUGUGGUACUCUAUUGUACAAGGUAAUGAUAAUGGCAAGUUUGUAUUGGAUUCCAACACUGGACUCUUAGCACUUCCAAACCCACUGGACUACGAGAGAGAUUCAAAUGUUUACUACAUCAAAGUAAGAGCCGAGGAGACCCAACUAUCACAAAGACUAUAUAGUGAUGUCAACAUCAAAAUUCUCCUCCACGACCUUAACGAUAACCCACCGGAGUUCGUACAGCAGCGGUAUGUUGAUUCGUUACCCGAGAGCGCCCCGGUAGGUACGACAGUACUGGCAGUAACCGCCACGGACCGGGACUCCGGCAUCAAUGGACAGUUUAGAUACAUUGCGCAGAGUAGGUACUUUGCGGUAGACCCGUAUACCGGGUGGAUUGUCACAAAAGAACCACUGGACUACGAAACCAUGCCUCGUCAUGCAUUCCUCGUAUGGGCACAGGACUACGGGUCUCCGUUUCUGAACGGGACAGCGCGAGUGGUUGUGCAGUUAACCAACGUUAAUGACAAUAAACCGGUAUUCUCUCAGAACCUGUACAACGUGUUUAUCGCUGAGAAUGCUGGGGCUGAUCAAGUGGUUGCAACAGUUCACGCAACGGAUAAAGACCUCGAUGACGUCACAUACAGUAUAGUGUCAGGUGACAACACAACGAACUUCGUGAUUGACAGCAAGACAGGCGUGUUGCGACUUAUCAAGAAUAGGAAGCCAGAGCUAAGAGGUCCUUUCUAUGUCCUGAAUAUCAGCGCUACUGAUGGAAUGCAUGUGUCGCAGGCAAUGUUAGUCGUAGCUAUCGAGGAUGUUAACAACCACAAGCCAGUCUUCACAGCCUGCAAGUCUUACAAACCAACCGUUCCAGAACAUGCUCCACCUCGCACCUUCGUCCUGCAAGUCGUGGCUGAAGACAAAGACACCGGUAUCAACGGUGAGAUCGAAUAUUCUAUUGAACGAUCUAAAAACUCGCCUCGGUAUUUUGAUAUCGAUAGCAAGACUGGAGUAGUGAGGACACGACAAAAGUUUGAUCGUGAAGUCAAGAGUCAGUAUCAAUUGCAUAUCAUUGGUCGUGAUGGGGGACCCGAUAGAGAAGACGCUGAAAGACUGAUGGGAUUUUGUCAGUUGGAUGUAAGAAUAACUGAUAAGAACGACCAUCCUCCUGUAUUCCAGAACAAACACUACGAAGCGACCAUCGGUGAAGACUUCGAUAUCGGCCGGUCGGUUCUCCAUGUGAGCGCAAGUGAUAAGGACGCCGGCACCAAUGCUUUGAUCAGUUAUUCAUUCAAAAAUCCAAGUGAGCUUUUCGCUAUCGACAACGCCACUGGAACGAUAACAACCAAGGGAAAGCUAACUGGAGUCACAAAGAAUUUCCCGCUUCGCGUGAUCGCGCGUGAUAACGGAAUACCCCAGAUGAAAUCCCACGUAGAUGUGACGAUCACGGUAUUCGGAGACGGGAACGCCCCACCUAAGUUUACUAAAGACGUUUACACUGCGCGUGUGCGAGAGGAUGUUCCUACGAGUUUUAGCGUUAUUAAAGUCACAGCUGAGGCCAACAAUAACCAAAAUAUCUACUAUAGCAUCGUUCCUGGGAAUUUACCAUCUACAAAUAAUCCUAAAAGAUUUCAAAUCGGCUCGAUCACCGGUGAAGUACAGACAUCACAUCUGCUCGAUUACGAAGAAACAGCAAACUUCUCUCUGACUAUACGAGCAGAAACCGGCUCCAAUCCACCGGGGAUAAAUUUUGCGACGUUGAAAAUCCACAUCGAAGAUGUCAACGACUCACCACCAGAGUUUCGAAUGCCAAGAUACCAAGGUCACGUGGCCGAAAAUGAACCAAUAGGAACGUCGGUUAUUCAAGUGCAUGCAGUGGACUUAGACAAAGGAGACAAUGGGCGAGUUACGUAUAAAUUUGUCCAGGAGGAUAGCAUUAAGUAUUUCUCGGUGGACCAACACACUGGUGUGAUUAAGACCAAACAAGUGUUUGAUCGAGAGCAAAGAGGCCGUUAUGCACUAGUGGUGAUAGCUGAAGACCACGGAAAACCAAUAAAGAUGAGCACGACUAUUGUAGAAGUGAUAAUAAAAGACGAGAAUGAUAACCCGCCUGUCUUCGAACAGCAAGUCUAUAACAUCUCAAUAUUUGAAGACGCGUCGAUCGGUUCUAACGUCCUGAAGGUCUCUGCCUCUGAUAAAGAUCUAGGGAUCAACGCGAGAGUCAGUUAUCAGAUAACAGACGGAAACACAGAUGCAGUGUUUGCAAUUAACAGAGACUUUGGGAAAAUCACGGUGGCAAGGUCAUUAGACAGAGAGACGAGGGACGUCUAUAAGCUUGAGAUCACCGCAAGGGACGGGAAGAACUCGGGUCGAUCGACAGUCAACGUGAAAAUAAAGAACGUCAAUGAUAAUAACCCGAAUUUCGAAAAACAAGCGUACCAGGCUGUGAUAUUUGAAGACGAACCUGAAGGGACGUCCGUCAUGACACUGAGAGCCACCGAUCCAGAUGAAGGACCGGGGGGCAAAUUCACGUUCUCAAUCAGCGGUCAAAGUUUGGGGAGCUUCCAAAUCGAUCCGAACACAGGAGUUAUAUCGACCAGGAAGAGGUUGGAUAGAGAGAAAAAAGCCAGGUACGACUUCCUGGCUUUUGCUGUGGACGCGCCAGGAAUGUCAUCACGGAGGACUGGAUCGACUGACGUCACUGUUAUCGUUCGUGACAUCAACGACAACGCCCCUCAGUUUCCGAAUCAUUAUAUAGGUCACGUGGAAGAGAAUAUGAAAGCGGGCGCCAGUGUUAUGGUGAUGUCAGCGGUUGAUGCCGAUGAUCCUAAUGAAAAUGGCAACGCUGCGAUGACGUAUGAAUUAAUCUAUGACGCAAAUGGAGUGUUUUCGAUCGAUAGAGACUCGGGUUUGAUUCGUACGAAUCGGGUGCUCGACCGAGAGAGUAGGGAUACUUAUGUUGUUCAAGUUGGUGCUACAGACAAAGGUCAUCCGCCUCAAGAGGGAAUGAUCAAUGUGACGAUCAAAGUUGAUGACACCAACGAUCAAAAACCAAAGUUUGUUCAGCGCAAAUUCGAGGGCAACGUCUCUGAGUCUGCAGACUUGGGCUAUACAAUCCUGACCCUAAUGGCCACAGACGGGGAUAUUGGCAGCAAUGCAAAGCUGAAGUUUAGUAUUGAAAAGGGGAACGAAGACAGGCAAUUCCGCAUAGAAGAAGACACGGGCAGGCUACAAGUGGCAAAGAGUUUGGACUUUGAAAAAAUAAGAGAUUACGACUUGGAAAUCAAGGUACGAGACUCAGGAAGCCCGUCGUUCAGUGACUUAGCAGAUGUCUAUAUUAAAGUGCUGGACGACAACGACAACCCACCGAUAUUUAGGCCCCCGUUUUACAGCACGUCAAUCAAAGAGAACGUCACAGUUGACACCAAGUUGCUCCAAGUCACGGCUACUGAUAGAGAUACCGCCGGACAUAAGGAAUUCAGAUUCUCUAUAGCAAAGGGUGAUCCGCAUGAAAAGUUCAGAGUCGAUGCCAGGACGGGGGAGUUGUUUGUCCAGAAACCCUUAGACAGAGAGGCAGAGGAAAUCCAUACAUUGGUAAUCAGGGCUACUAAUAUUGUGGAAAGUAAACCGUUGUAUGGCGAAGGAUCUGUCAGUAUCGUUCUCGAGGACGUCAAUGACAAUGGACCGCACUUUGACGUCGUAACCCUGAACCCCAUGAUACCAGAAAACCAACCCCCUCCCUAUACUAUCACUAAAAUAACCGCCUCUGACCCUGAUUUGAACCCAACGAAUGGAGGACCAUUUACCUACGGCAUUUACAGCGGAAACGAAGAGGGACUUUUUGAAAUGACAAAGGAUGGAGAGUUAAAAUCCAAGGUUACUUUUGACCGCGAAAAAAAGAGCGUCUAUGAACUGAAGAUCUGGGGAAAAGAUAGUGGAAGUCCUCCAAUGGUGAAUAAUACGUCAAUAUUUAUCCGUAUUAAGGAUCGUAAUGACCAUCAACACGAGAAGGCUCACUUAGAUAUAUCAGUAAACAGCUAUGAAGGUCACUUCCUCGGGGGUCACGUGGGAUAUGUUUACGUCAAAGACAAAGACACUGAUGAUUUACGAUAUUAUGAACUCGUCGGGAGAAGUUCGGAUAUUUUUGAAGUCGAUAAGUUGUCGGGUUCUAUCGAGAGUAAGCCGAAUCCUCCCGAAGGAGUUUUUACGUUGGAAGUCAAAGUUUCUGAUCGGGACAGCGUUUUUAAGCCAGUGGUUUGCACAGUGAGCAUACGAGUUAGGCGAAUAACAGAGGAGGCUAUACGCAAGAGCAUUGCGAUCCGAAUGAGAGGGAUUGCAAGCAAACAAUUCCUCAAAGACUCGUUCUUAGCCUUCAAGCAAGCUAUUGCUGGAUCCCUCGGUACAACACGAGAAAAUAUCGAUCUCUUCAGCAUUCAGAACGUGACCGAUAUCGUUAGACCGAGGGCCAUUGACGUUCGGUUUGCAGCGCAUGGCAGUCCUUACUAUUCACCCGAAAGAAUGAUCGCUCUUAUUAAAUCCAAGCGGAUUAACUUAAAAUCUUUCAACGUGGUAUCAAUCGGCGUGGAUCCGUGUCAACACGAGCCGUGUAAGUACGCCAGCUGUAGGAGUGAACUACGUGCUUCAGGGAGAAUCGAGGUCGUCAGUAACCCUGGACAAUCCUUCACGUCAAUCAUCGUCAAGAAUGUUGCCGUGUGUGACACCUGUAGCUCUGGGAUGAACAUGGUUUCUUCGUGUGUGGAAAACCCUUGUAAGAAUGGAGGGACGUGCAGAAAUACUUCUAUAGGUCACGCCUGCACGUGUCGUCAAGGAUACGCUGGAGACAACUGCGAAUUAACCAGUCGUAGCUUCCGUCCACGUGAAUGGAUCUGGCUGCCUCCAUUACGACAGUGCCGCGUCAGCACGACGAGUCUCGAGUUCGCCACUAAAGAUGCUAAUGGAUUGCUCCUUUACGCAGGACCCACUUCACCCAUCGAAGUGGGGCAGGAUGACGUGUAUGACUUUGUAGCCUUAGAGCUCUAUAAAAGCAGAGUGUACGUGUCUGUGUGUCUGGGGAACAGGGAUGACGUGUUGAGGAUUGGAGUGAAGAGCAGUGUGGCGUUGAAUGAUGGCAAGUGGCAUCAUGUCCAGGUUUACAGAAACGAGACGUAUGUUCGUUUGAUGGUCGAUCACUGCAGGAAAUCAAUCAUCAAUGAAGACUUCAAUAAGCAUAAACUCACCGAGAACCGGAAGAUGUGUGAGACCGAGGGACGACUGAAGACCCAAACCAAAAGGUUUCUGAACAUCAAAGGUCCCCUUCAACUCGGAGGCAUAUCAAACCGAGACAUGAUGUACCCUGACCUACACACCAAGGACUAUACCGGCUGCAUACGGAACGUAAUCAACGAGGGCACACUAUACGACCUCAAGAGUCCCUCCAACCAAAAGGGGUCAAAAGAAAGCUGUCCUGCCAUGGAUUACCAUUGUACUUAUUCCUCUUGUGACCCCAAGUCUACUUGUGUCGGCUCGUGGUCGGGAUACUCGUGCGAGUGUGCGGCAGGACGACGAGGAACCAAGUGUAGCGAGACUACCGAGCCGUUUUUCUACGAGAAAAACAGCAUUACCCAGUACCUUUUUACCAGGCGCUUCAAAUACGAACCACGUGAAACCAAGAUCCAGCUACGAGUACGAACACGAGAUGAAGAUGGUGGAGUACUGCUACAUAGCGAAGGGACUGAAACUGGUGAACACAGCACACUAGCCCUUAUCCGCGAAAAGGCCUCUUCCUCUAAUGAGUCUCGUUUGAUCGUGGUUUAUUCGUUCAAUGUCGGAGAUGGCGACGCUAUUGUCAAGGCGAAUACUAUCGAUGUGGGUGAUGGAAAAUGGUGUACGAUAACAGUAGAUAGGUACAGAAAUACCGCCAAGUUGACAGUUUGGAAACAAGGAGUUAAUUACCGUUAUUCUGGAUCAACACGUGGUAGACACACCCUGCUUAUCUUGGAUCCCAUUCGUACAUAUCUCGGGGGGAUCCCCCUGACGCGUCCAUCAAAUAAAAGACAGCGACGAGACGGUCGUGUACCAGCAGAGCUGAAAAAGAACUUCACAGGGUGUAUUGAUGAUAUUCGUUUCCAUGAUUACCAGCUGCAUUACAAUGGAACUAAAGACUUUGCCAUUGCGUUCGCGACAGGAGUAAAGAAGGGCUGUGACUCAGCUGCAUGUGCCGCCAAUCCUUGUCCACCCACUGAAUGGUGCCAUGACAUAUGGCACAAACACAUAUGCUACCCCAGGUUGUGCGCAAGCAGUCCCUGCCAGAAUGGCGGCACGUGCGUCGAGAGUGUAGACAAAAACGGCAAGAACAUGUUUUACUGUAGAUGUACACCCUCGUAUCAGGGAACCCUGUGUGAUCUUGGACGCGCUGUAGUAUCGGUACGACCAGACAUUGGGUACGAGAAUGGAAUCGUUAUUGGAAUUUCGUUGCUAGUGGUGAUGUUAAUCAUUUCAUUCUGCAUCAUCUUCAUGUACGUCAGACGCUCCAGAAAAUACAGCUACAACGUGACUGUGGAAGAAGUGUUCAAACGUGACAAUGUGGCUGACUACCACAUCGAUGGUGCAGUAGAGGAAGAUGUUGAUGACCGAUUCAAGGAUUACAUCCGGUCGUUUGAAGAUGGCAGCAGCGAUUAUCUACCUACUGCAAAAAAUAAACUCUUAGAUUGCGAAGAUCCGAAUAAAGAUCGAGGUUAUGGGGGAAGCAGCGACGCAAGCCCGACGUUUAUCUUGCUCAGACCGGUGCGCAACAUGAGGAAAUCGCCUUCCCCGUCUGCGAAGUCUUCUGAAGACGAUAUCUACGAUUGCGGAGACUUCCACUACGGAAGGGCAGUUGCUGUUGAUUUGAGUAACAGGAAUCUGCCGCCCACACGUCGCUCGGAUCCUUCAGAGUUAAAGAAAAAGAGCCCUGAACAGCGAAGAUCGGUUCCAAAUAAAUUAAACAUCACUGUGAAUCCUUUGCAUAAGAACUCCAAACCUGAGAAAGGAAAGGAAUGUCGCAUGACGUCGCCUGUGAAAGCACUGCGAGAAAGACCAGACGAGACGAUCGAUGAAGGAGUUGAGAGUGUUUUGUCUUCUUCUGACGAGGGGUUCGCUUCACCGGAAGCAUGUUCGCCACCUCAACCAUACCAGAAGUAUGUUCCUGCUAACGUAGAAUGUCCCGUUCAAGUCGAAAUUCCAGCUAAAAGUCAGUCAAAAUCGCCCAAAAAGGAGGAUAAUAUUGAGCCAUGGACAAAGGCGCCAGUGAAGGACAAAAAGGAUGUAAGAAAACCGGGUGCUAAAAAUGCAGACGUGGGUUCCGAUCCUGAUGUGGUGUCUUCUCCACCGGAGAAGGUACCAACCCCAGAAGAAAUUCUCGAUAAACAGCCUACGAAUAAACACGGAAGGCCCACACCACAGACCUCUGAGCACCCCAAGGAAAAAGAACCACAAAUUAUGGAAGAUACACCAUUGACCUUUGGAAGAGAGCCAUCUUCUGACGAUGAGGUGGAGUCCGCACCCGACGAUUUCCCUCCACCGUAUGACCCUGGCCUUUACGACAUCCAAGAUGACUUCCCGCCUCCACCAAAAGAGGCUCUUUACUCUGAACCAAGUGACAAGGAAAUUGAGCUGCCGCAUCCAAUGGACUUCCUACCCGUCGAUACCAUAGAACCUUUUGGAUAUGAAGGAGGUGGAUCUCCUUCGGGAUCGCUUAGCAGUCUGGGUAGUGACUCUGGUGACGAAAUCACGUGGGAAGAGGUGAAUGAUUUUGGGGAGAGAUUCAGGAAGCUUGCAGCGAUUUAUGGGAUGCCUCCGUCGGUGUCAUUUAAUCUUCAUGAUGAAAUAAUCAAAUGAUCACAAGAUAUCGAGCAUAACAUUGGUAUUCGAAUUGUACCUUGAGUCUUGUCAUCGCUCAGUAAGACACUGGCUUUAUAUUGGUAUUCAAGUAUCUCGUGACUUAAUGAGUAAGGUUUUACGCUAACACGUGGAUACUUCAUGUGAGCUGACUAUAACUGUAUUAUAUAUAAUGUAUUAGUAGUGUGCUAAUCUUAAUGUGUUGAACUAAGGAGCGCUGAUUCGCGCUAUUCUAACUAAAGUGUGUGUCGAGUCGCGCAAGAUAAUCGUCUGCUUAGUGCAGUUUUCGUAUGACUGUGAAAAAUUCACGGCACGAACACGGCCAUGACACGGCAAGGGAUACGCCAGACCAAUCACAUUGCACAAUAAUUUACUCUCCAUCCAAUCAAAU